UGCUGGGGACUGAGUUACCCGCGCUGCGCCCGCCUCCCCGGUUGGAGAGUUGUCCCUCUCUCUCACGUUUGGGCCCCGUUUUUCUGGUCUCCGAGCUACGUCCUCCCGGAGUGGGGACAAUCGGGCAAAGGGAGCGAUGCGCUUCGCCUGGACCGCGCUCGUGCUCGGGCCGCUGCAGCUCUGCGCGCUCCUGCGCUGCGCCCAGCCGGCCGCCGGCCAGCAACAGCCCCCUCGCCAGCCGCCGGCGGCCCCGGCCGCCUGGCGCCAGCGGAUCCAAUGGGAGAACAACGGGCAGGUGUUCAGCCUGCUGAGCCUGGGCUCGCAGUACCAGCCGCAGCGCCGAAGGGACCCGGGCGCCACCGCCCCGGGCGCUGCCAACGGCGCCGUCCCGCAGCCGCGCACGCCCAUCCUGCUGCUUCGCAACCGCACGGCGGCAGCACGGGAGCGGACCCCGGGCUCGUCGGGGGCCACCGGCCGACCCCGACCCGCCGCUCGCCACUGGUUCCAAGCCGGCUACUCGCCGUCCGGGGCCCGCGACGCUGGGGACUCGCGCGACGGCAAUGGGACGGAGCCAGGAGAGCGCCCGGCGCUCAGUAACCUGCGGCCGCCUAGCCGCGUAGACGGCAUGGUGGGCGACGACCCCUACAACCCCUACAAGUACACCGACGACAACCCGUAUUACAACUACUACGACACGUACGAAAGGCCCCGACCUGGGAGCAGGUACCGGCCCGGAUACGGUACCGGCUACUUCCAGUACGGUCUCCCGGACCUGGUGCCAGACCCAUACUACAUCCAGGCUUCCACGUACGUGCAGAAGAUGUCCAUGUACAACCUGAGAUGCGCCGCGGAGGAAAACUGCUUGGCCAGCUCAGCAUACCGGGCAGAUGUCAGAGAUUAUGAUCACAGGGUGUUGCUGCGAUUCCCCCAAAGAGUGAAAAACCAAGGGACGUCAGAUUUCUUACCAAGCCGACCAAGAUACUCCUGGGAGUGGCACAGCUGUCACCAACAUUACCACAGCAUGGAUGAAUUCAGCCACUAUGACCUACUCGAUGCCAGUACCCAGAGGAGGGUGGCUGAAGGCCACAAAGCGAGUUUCUGUCUUGAGGACACCUCCUGUGACUAUGGCUACCACAGGCGAUUUGCAUGUACUGCCCACACACAGGGGUUGAGUCCUGGCUGCUAUGAUACCUAUAACGCAGACAUAGACUGCCAAUGGAUUGAUAUUACAGAUGUAAAGCCUGGAAACUACAUUCUAAAGGUCAGCGUGAACCCCAGCUACCUGGUGCCGGAAUCAGACUAUUCUAACAAUGUCGUGCGCUGUGAAAUCCGCUACACGGGACACCAUGCGUAUGCCUCGGGCUGCACAAUUUCACCGUAUUAGAAAGCAAGCCAAAACUCCCAAUGGAUAAAUCAGUGCCUGGUGUUCUCAAGUGGGAAAAAAUAGAUUAACUUCAGUAGGACUUAUAUAUUUUCAAAGACAGAACAGAAAACAACAGAAUUUUUUUUUGGACUCUUUUACACCCAAGCACAUAACUGGAUUUUGGACAUUUAAAUUGGCAUUAUUUGGGACAUUUUUAAUAUUAUUAUUUGUAUUACCUUGCGAAUGAACACAGUGUUUCCAUUCUGUAGAUGUACACGUGGCCCUUUCAAGGAAAUCCAAAUUUCUUAGGCUCCUUCAGAAAUUACAGUGUAAAAGGGAAAAUAACAUUUCAGUGAAUGAGCCAAAAUUACUAUGAACUGAGAAUUUUCUUAAGUGCUGAAACUUCAGUAAACCAUAGCAAUAACUGGCUUGUAUAUGUCUUAGCAUAGAUCUGUUUAGAAAGGAGGUUCCUACUGUGCGAAUAGAUAUGGACACAUCUGGUGCUGAGGAAGGACCAAACAUAUUACCAUUGGUGUCAAGAAAUAUUAUUAUAUAGCAGAGAAAUGGCAACAUAUGUAUUCAGAUAGUUACAUCCCUAUAUAAAAUUUAUGUUUACAUUUUAAAA